GUUUAACAGUUCGGUCACUGACUGUUUCUCUCUGUCUCUCGCUCUCUGUCUCGCUCUCUGUCAGGAUGGAUGACUGUCAUCAUGGAUUAUUAAUUAUUAUGUUUUUGCUGCAAACGGAUUCUUUAUACUCAGUUUACAUCAGUGACAACACAGAUUCUCUUCAUCAGGUUCUGUCAGAGUUUGGUGUGAUUCGUCCAAUCAGGACCGACUCAGGGGGACACUUACUGUCAGUGUCAGUCUCUGCCCACCACCUGCAUCACACUAGAAGACGAGCCCACAAUACAGAGGACACGCCCAGUGACGUGGAAAAUGUCAGACACAAAAGACAGGCACAAACAGACACACCCACAUUACAGUUGUCCCCGCCCAUGGAUGCAUCACCAUCCAACCAGACAAGUCAUAGGUUGUGGGGGAGGGAUUACAUGCCGGAGGAGGAGGAGCUUUACUACAACGUAACAGUGUUCGGUCGGGAGCUCCACCUGCGGCUGCGCCCGAACACUCGUCUCAUCGCCCCCGCCGCCACCAUGGAGUGGGAGGAGUCAGGAUACCUUCACUCUCAGCCAAUAGGCAACACUGGCUGUUUCUACACAGGGGAGGUGUCCAACAUGGACGACACGGCCGUCGCUGUCAGCAACUGCGAUGGACUGGCGGGGAUGAUCCGAACAGGUCUGGAGGAGUUUUUCAUCGAGCCAUUGGAUCAAAGGAGGACAGAUGGAGGAGAGGAUGAGGAGGAAGAAGGAGGACGACGACACAUCGUUUAUCGCUCCUCCGCCAUCAAGAAACAAACGGCUGUCAAUCAAACUGCUGACGACUUCCUCCGAGGCCCUCUUUUAGGUUCUCUCAAUGUUAACCAGAACGUGUUGUUGCAAACAUCUCGAAGACGACGCUACAUCGAAGAGGCGGAGCUCUUUAACAUCGAGGUGUUGUUGGCGGUGGAUUAUUCUGUCCUUCUUUUCCACGGCCGAGACCACAUUCAGAAAUAUCUCCUGACGCUGAUGAACAUAGUUAAUGAGAUCUAUCAGGAUCAUUCGCUGGGCGCCAACAUCAACGUCGUCCUGGUCAGAAUCAUCAUGUUAUCUCCAACAAAGUCUCAGGAGCUGAUCUCAGUGGGGAACCCUCAGAAGAGUCUGGAGAACGUCUGUGGUUGGUCGUAUCUCCAGCAGAGGGAGCAGAGUCACGCCGAGCAGCACGACCACACCAUCUACCUGACCAGGCAGGAGUUUGGCCCCUCCGGCAUGCAGGGUUAUGCUCCUGUCACAGGAAUGUGUCAAUUACACCGGAGUUGUGUCCUCGUCUUGGAGGAUGGAUUUUCCUCUGCCUUUGUAGCUGCACAUGAAACAGGACAUGUGUUAGGUAUGGAACAUGACGGUGAGGUGAACAGUUGUGAUGAUGACGUUCUGUUGGGCAGCAUCAUGUCUCCACGGGUUCAGGCCUCGUUCCAUCGAUAUCAUUGGUCCAGAUGCAGCUGGAGGGAACUUCAUCAAUACCUGAAUACCUACGACUGUCUCCGUGACGACCCAUUUAACCAUGAUUGGCCGGCUCUGCCUCAGUUACCGGGUUUCCAGUACUCGAUGGACCAACAGUGUCGCUUCGACUUUGGACCAGGAUACAGUCUGUGUACUGCAUACACAACUCAUGACCCCUGUAAGCAGCUGUGGUGCAGUGACUACAACAACCCGUUUUUCUGUAAGACCAAGAAAGGUCCGCCUCUCGACGGUACUAAGUGCGGACUGGGCAAGCACUGUUUUAAAGGUUUCUGUAUGAAGUUGACCCCUGACCUCCUGAGACAAGAUGGCGGCUGGGGAACAUGGAGUUCGUAUGGCAGCUGCUCCAGGACCUGCGGGGGCGGGGUCAGGUUUCGGACCAGACGCUGUGACAACCCAGCUCCAGCCAACGGGGGGCGCACCUGCCUCGGAAACAGCUACGAGUUCCAGCUGUGCAGCCAAGAGGAGUGUCCUCCGCUGACGGACUUCAGGGAGGAUCAGUGUAAAGUCUGGAAUCCAUUUUUUGAACAUGAUGGAAAGAAGCAUCACUGGCUACCGUACCAACAUCCUGAUCCUGACGAGCGCUGUCGUCUGUACUGUCAGUCCGAGGAGACGGCGGCAGUGGUGUCCAUGAACAGAAUGGUGCAUGAUGGGACACCGUGCUCCUACAGUGACGCCUACAGCGUGUGUGUCGGAGGAGAGUGUGAGCAUGUGGGCUGUGAUGGGCAGAUUGCCUCUGACCAGCAGGAGGACAGAUGUGGUGUCUGUGGAGGAGAUAAUUCCAGCUGCAGGAUCAUCAAAGGAAACUUCACGCGCAGCACAAAGAAACCAGGUUACCUGAAGAUCCUUGAGAUCCCUAAAGAAGCGCGACACCUGCUGAUCCAGGAGUUCAAAGGGACUCCUCACAUCCUAGCGGUGAAGAACCAGGAGACGGGUCACCUCUUCCUCAAUGAUGAAGAUGAACUCCCAGAGUCCCGUGUGGUGAUUGAGAAGGGUGUGGCCUGGGAGUACAACAACACAGAGGAGCAGGAGUCUGUCCAAGCUACUGGGCCACUGAAAUACGGGGUCCUGGUUAUGGUCCGUUCCUAUGGCGACUCCAAGGUGACAGUAUCCUAUAAGUACAUCAUCCAGGACCGUCUCCGGUCCUCACUGGAGUCCAACUUGGUGCAGGAGGACACCAUCUUCUACGAGUGGGCGCUGAAGAAGUGGUCGCACUGCUCCAAACCCUGCGGAGGAGGGAAACAGUACACAAGGUUCGGCUGCAGGAGGAAGGCAGAUGGGAAAAUGGUUCACAGGAUGCUCUGCUCCAACAUCAACAAACCAAGAGCCAUCAGCCGUAACUGCAAUAUGGAUAAGUGCAGCUCGCCACGCUGGGUGACCGGGAACUGGGAGGACUGCAGCGCCUCUUGUGGUCAGACUGGGUGGCAGCGUCGCUGGGUGAGCUGCCAGCAGGAGCCCAGCAGGGUCCAGCAGCAGCGCUUUGCACACAGCAAACUCUGUCGCGACAACCGACCAGAUGUGAAACGCACCUGCAACCGUUUCCCCUGCCCUGCCGCCUGGAGAGCCGGGCCGUGGACACCGUGCUCAGUAUCUUGUGGAAACGGGACUCAGGAGCGUCAAGUCGCAUGUUCGAGUCCUGAGAGUUCAACUGGAAACUGCAGUGAACCUCAACCAAUCACAACCCGCAGCUGCCAAGCUCCACCCUGCAGCGGCAACCAGAAGAACGCCAUCAUCCAGUGGUUGUCCAGGUCCAAUGUAGACUUUCCUGCUCCAAAGAUCUCGUCUAGGCAGCGUUGUCGUGGUGACCGGUCGGUGUUUUGUCGGAUGGAGGUGUUGAGUCGGUAUUGCUCCAUCGCUGGAUACCGGCAGAUGUGCUGCAAGUCCUGCAGCGAGGGAAACUUCAGCAGUGAGAACCUGCCGACAGCCAACAGCUCAUGGGUAUCGACCACAGAGACGAUAACCUCAGCAUCCUCCUCCACCUGGUCUGACGGCAGUGACAUCACCAGUCAUUUCAUCAGCACGCCACCUCACAGCUUCACUGUGACUCCUCCCCCUACCAGCAGGAGCAGCACUGACUUCAUAUACGUGGAGUACGAUGAUUAUGACGAGUAUUCGUCCUACGAGGAUCCUUCUGUUCCCUCUGAGUCUCUGGAUAUCGUUCCAACUACUACUACUACUUCUACUAGUACCACUACAACUACUAGUGCUACUACUAGUACUAGUACAACAAAAAGGUGGCCAAGAAAAACUGCUCCACCACAUGUAUUCGAGAAGAAAACCACCACUACCAGAGCGCCUCCUGCUACAGUUCCCAUGGCAACGGUUUAUGGCCCACUGUCACUGCUGAUCCGGACGUUUGCCGUCCCAGAGUUUCCCACCACAACCUCAUUUGAUCCUGAUGACAUCAUCACUGCAACAUCAUCAGGUGGGCGAGGCCUUCAAACUGAAUUCAAUCCGACAGAAACCGAACCAGCGCCGACGUCUUCGUCUUCCAUCUUCACAAUCACAAAGAAGGAGAAAAACUCAGUGGAUGAGGUCCCGUACCGGAUCGUGGGACUGGACGGGGAAGCCACCAGAGGGCAGCAGAACUACUUUGUCCCACGUAUGCCACCAUUCCGUGAGCGAACACAGAACAAACGUAUCCAGGAGCUUCUGAAUGAGAAACGACGACAAGAUCUUGUGAAGAGAGUGAACAGGAGCAAAGAGAGUCAGACUGGUGGUAAAAUGAGCGGAUCAUAAAAACACUCAAAUAAGUUUUGAUGUUCACAAUGUUGCAUGUACAGCUUCUCACUUUCUGCUAACGCUAUCAAACUCUAACGAGAAACUGAAUCAGACUGGAGAGCAAGGUUCUGUCAACGUUCUCAUCAGGUUUCCUGAGGUCUACACCUGUUUCCUCUCUGCUCCAAUCAGAAUCGUCAUGGAAACAUGUGGAAGGUAUCUCUGGUUUUUAUUGUCAUAAUAUUUGUACCAAAUAAUUGUGUUUCUAAAUAAAGUUACCUCCAGCUGA